AUGCCUGUUUACAAGAAAAAAUUUAUAAACACGUCGCAAGAACUUGAGUUAUUUGAUUCCGAAGAACAAAAAGAACAGCAAGUCUGGUUGAUUCCCUAUACUGGACAAAUAUUUUUAGAUUAUAGUGAAUAUUUGAAAAAUAUCGCUUUAUACAAUCAACCAUUAUGGCAGUGUGCAGUUACAGGAAAAUUAAACCUUACAUAUGCUGAUGCACUUGAAAGUGAAAAGAAACAUCGUGAACAGCUAGAUGAAAAGUUUCCAAAUGGAUUAAAAAAACCAAUUUUAGAAAUAGUACAAUUCAGCGCCGAACGAUUGGAUGAUCUAGUCACAAUAAUAUUCGAGAGUUUUAAAGAACAUUAUACCAUAGGAGAAAUUGUCACUGUAGUUAUUGAUGGGAAAAAGAAUAAAGCAAAAAUCGCUGAUGUAAUUACUGCUGACUCUAACAAUGAAUCGGAUUCAAGUGAUCACAAAUCUUAUAAAGAGUCAUCUUCGUUAAAUUCUAUUUAUCAUCUUCAAUUAUUGGACAAAGAUGGAAAGCCAGUAAAACAACAAAAUAAAAAUGGAAAUAAAAAAUUUCUCAUCAAGACUAUUAAUGGUAGUGAAGCAUUAAGUCGUGAUAAGUUGGCAUUUACAAAAACAAUUAUACGUCAAUUCAUUAAGGAAUCUGCAACAAGAGAAACUUAUCUUCAUGCGCCGUGGGUGGUUAAACCCAAGAUUGCAAAAAAAUAUAAAAUGGCAACUAAAUUACCAGAUGAUUUACAACAAGUAAAAGAUGCCGCCUUAGAAAAAAGUCGAAAAAGAAAGAGCAAAUCGACAUCUAGUUGUAAUCCUUCAAAAAAAGCAAAGCCAAAUUCGAAACCAAACAAUUCCCGGCAGUUGGAUCAAAAGAAAUCAACAAACAAAAAAGUUAAAUAUCCAAUUGAAGAUCUUGAAGUUCCCCUUGAUAAGAGCCUUCUUCAAAAAAAACCAGAAUUGCAAAUGGAUUUAAGAGUGCCUCAAGAAUCUGUCGGAACAUUUUUAAAUGAUUUUGAAUUGGCACUCUUACAUGACAAAGUACAACCAGUAUGCUUUCUUAUAAUAGAAUUACAUGUGGCAUUAUUAAAUGCUAUUAUUAAAGAUCGUUUGCAAUCUAAAGGAAAAAAAGGCCAACUUGGUUCUCGUGGUCCCACCUUAAAAGAUGAGUCAAUAGAAAUGAAAGAGGAAGAUAAUAUAAAUGAAUUAUCCGAUGCUUCAAUUAAAUUUCUUGAUAAUUUAGGCAGAAAUUGGGACAAAAGAUUAAUUCCUUUGACAGAAAGAAGGAAACAAUGGGAAGAUAUUCUUGUCGGGUUUCUUUAUGAUGUACAAGCUCACGAAAUCUUUCCAUUCUUGGAUAAAAUAUUAUUAGAAUUAGUUGGAAAUGUAAAUGAGGAUAUUGAAGAAAAUUAUAUGAGCCUUGAUAUUACCUCCAAGUUACAAAUUUUGGAUCUUUUGGUUAACACAGCCACAAAAGCAUCAAUUGUCCACGAGCACAUUGAAAGUUCUGUUGAAAAGAGAGCUGAUUUAAAUAAAGAAAAAAAUGAAAUUUUAAGGGAAAAAAGACAGAUCACAUCUUCCAUUGGUCAAAUUGCACAAGGUAUUAUGCCAGUUUUGAGUGCUGAGAAAAGUGGGAAUUCUGACAUAAAAAAACCAACCGAAAAAAAAUACGACAAGGCUUUGAUCCUAAAACAACUUAAAGAUGAAGAAAUAUCAUUACAAAGAAAGGAAGAACAAAUUGAAAAGGACAAGAAAAAAUAUGCAAUGCCUCGUUCUAUACCUUUAGGAUACGAUAGAUUUUAUAACAAGUAUUUUUAUUUUGAUGGUUUAGGUAUAGCAGUUGGAGAAAAAUAUGGUACAGGUAAAAUUUGGGUACAAGUUCCUCAGGAACAAGAUUUGAGAAUGCUAACUGAUAGAGAUGUGCAACACUAUUACAAAAGAAAAAAAGCUGAAGAUUCAGGUAUGAAUUUUGGACAAUGGGGUUACUAUGAAGACGUAUCAGAUUGGCUUAACACGAAAGGGAACAGAGAAUCUGUAUUGAAGAGUAAACUUUUAAAUCGCUAUCAAGAACUUUCAGCUUGUUUAAUGAAAAGGCAACAGGAUUUGACCACACCUCGUAUGACAAUUGAAGUGAGAAGAAGUAAACGAGUACAAGUUACUAAUGCAAAAAAUUUUUAUUCUUUAAUUUAA